UGGAAACUGCGAUGUUUUGAGAUUACAUCAGUGCGUCGUCAGAGCUCAGUUUUCAGUCUCAUCAGGCAGCAGGCGCAUUUUUAAGUGUGAAGCCUGGUCUCCCAGCUGUUAAUCUUUAAGAGGUGCAUUACCAAGGAAGGAGACGCCAGAUCCUAACUGACGGGUUGGCAAGGAAACCAAUCCAAGCUGCUGACGGAUUAAAGACGGGCAUCAUGACACAGGGCAAGCUAUCACUUGCCAACAAGGCCAGCGACUCCACAAGCGGAGAGGCCUUUGUGGCACCAGCUCCCCCCACAUAUGAGGAAGCUGUCGCAGGUGUCAGUGCUCCUUGCUACAAUGAUGUAGAGAUGCUCACAGAGUUCAGCUGGGAUGAUACCAACAUCAGGAGAGUCUUCAUUCGUAAGGUCUACUCUAUCUUGAUGAUCCAACUUUUGGUCACUGUUGCAAUUGUGGCUCUUUUUACAUUCUGUGAUCCAGUGAAAGAUUACAUUCAAACCAACCCUGGGUGGUACUGGGCCUCAUAUGUGGUGUUCUUUGUCACCUACUUGACUCUGUCAUGCUGCUCUGGACCCAGGAGACAGUUUCCAUGGAAUCUGAUCCUCCUUGCCAUCUUUACCUUAUCCCUUUCCUACAUGACUGGAAUGUUGUCCAGCUUCUAUAACACCAAGUCAGUAGUGAUGUGCCUGGGCAUCACAGCAGCUGUCUGUCUUGUGGUUACAGUCUUCAGCUUCCAAACCAAGCUUGAUGUGACCACAUGCCACGGUGUACUGUUCAUCUUCUGCAUGGUGAUGUUUAUCUCCGGACUGGUGCUGGCGAUUGUCCUCCCUUUUCAGUAUGUACCCUGGUUGGAUGCCAUUUACGCUGCCCUGGGAGCCAUUCUAUUUACAAUGUUUUUGGCGUUUGACACACAGCUCCUUAUGGGGAACAAGAGAUACGCCAUGAGUCCAGAAGAAUACGUGUUUGCCACGCUCAGCAUCUACCUGGACAUCGUGUACAUCUUCUCCUUCUUCCUCCAGAUCUUUGGAACAAGACGGGAUUAAACCCACCCUUCAAACCCGCAGAUAAGGGCUGCACCAUGAGAAUUUAAGAUGUUGGCGAUCAUGGUGACUGAGUUUCCAGUUAGCUUUUCUUUUUUUUUGGAUACUUUAUGAAUCACUUGUAGAGCUAGACGUACACCUGGACACAUAUUUAUAAAUAUUGUCACCUCAAGCUGUCUGAUACCUUCCAAUCAAAUUUCCAGCAUGUUUGUGAACCCAACCUGUAGGUUAACUUGCUAGCUUUACGAGCCAGAAACAAUCAGUGAUUCGUGAUGUCUCUUCAUUCGGUGUUGAUGAAACAUUCUGGGUGUGUCUAUAUGUAGUAGGUGUAUCGGUGCAUUCGCGUCAGAAAUCACCUGCAAAUAACAAAUAUCACUGAUCAUCUAGAAUUAAUUGAAAAAUCAAAACAUAAUGCAUGGCUUUUAGCUUAAACUUAUGCAAAUGACACUCAUUCUUUUUUUUUUUUUUAUUGUUGCUGUGGUUCUUUUUUUAGACUGAUAUGACAAAUAUAACUUUAAAUGCUUAAAAAAGAAAAAAGAAAUAUAUAUAUAUAUAUAUAUAUAUAUUUAUAUAAAUGCAUUGUUGUCUCUAUGCUGUGUAUUGCAAGUGUUCUACAUAGUUUAACAACUUGACAGUAGGUAAUACAUUUUUUCUAGGCUUUAAAUGGCAAUCCCAAAAUAAUUUUUCACAUUAAGUGCAUAUUGACAUGAAUGAUUUUUUAGCCGUGUGGCCACAAAGCUUCUGUUCAACGUGUGACUUUGGUGCAGUGCUUGUAUGUGAUUUGUCCAACAUGUGUUUGAACCAACUUACUUCUAUGGAGGAUUCUUGAUUGACGUCUUUCCGAAAGAUAUUCAGAUUGAGCCUUAUAGGUUUCAGUGUUAUUGAUGUGAGAACCUUCAAUCAAUUUGAUGGUAUAUCUGUCAGUAAAUAUAAAGAUAAAUGUAACAGUGCCAAACAUGCUGGGGUUUUAUGCACCUUUUAGAAGGACUGCAUUUAUGGAGGAACCUGAAUGCUUUCCUUUCAUUUUAUUUUACUAUUUUAGACAGUGGCAUUUAAAGUUAUAAAGUCUGAUGCUACAAAGGAAUUUAUAGGAGUUUUAAAGUGUUCUUUUUACCACUUUUAUUUUAUUAUAUUGGUGAAAUAUGUUGUUUUAAGAGGACUCUGCAUUUCAUCCUGGAAUUGGUGUUACUAUAUAAUUUAUUAAAGUGUGUGUAUAAAUAUAGUCACCAGUUCUGAUUAAAUAAACUGAGCUUCAACACC